GGAGUCCGUGUAUGCCCAACUCUCUAUUUUGUAUUGCUUAUAGGAGUUAUGAGAUUGAUCACUGUUCGUUAUGUUCACCUUUCAUAUAGAAUAAAACCACAGGCUCUCGACGUUUUGAAUAUAUACCCCCGGUAUAAACGAUUCGCAAGGAAAAUCACGCCGCCAUCUUGGUUUUCUAUUUACCAGCUACCUUGCUAGCAAUCUUCGGCGAAAAAAAUGGAAUUAAUGAUAAUUACACCCUACCGUUUAGAUGCAACUCUGUCUAGGUCUUAUGUCUCCCAUCGUCAUAGUGAUUUGGAAAUAAGGUUCAAUCAUCGGCUAUAAUCAACCAUCAAACAUCGUCCACUGCUUCUCAAAUUCGAAAAAUCGGUAAAGAGAGGACGGAAGUCGAUAUUAUUUCGAAAUAGCCAUUAUGUCAUUAGUCGAUGAAAUUGAAAAUAGUAUACAGUAAAUUUUGAAUGGAAAAGAUGUUUUAACAAGGAAAUGGAUCUUAAAUAAUUAUAUUAGUCUAUACUUUGUUUUGUUUUUUAAACAUUAAACAUGUUUACUUCGCAUAUUCAUGCAUUCCUUGUAUCAAAAUGAGUUGAAAGUUAAUGUCAUACAUGGUAAGAAAAUUUCACAAUUGAAUUGACACCCACAUACAUAUUCGUUUGCAUACUCUCAAACGUUUAUACAUCCAAAUGUCCUGUCCUACUUAUCCGUAAAUUUUCAAUUGUGUCAUAAUGGGCGACUUAAUGGGUUGGAAUCGAAGCAAUUCAAAUGUUGUUUUGCGAUAGUGUAAUGAUUCCGGAUAUUUGAGGUACGACCAUGCAGAGUUCUCAAUUAGUCACUUUACAUCACGUGAUCUAAUUUGUGUAUAAAUACCGAGACUCCGCAGUCGUCUGUUUCAUUUGUUGCUAGCGUUCAGCAGAGGAAGGAAGAAGAAAACAGUGUAAGUUUGUAAAUUAAAUAAAGUACAAUUCCUCGCCUGUUCUUACAGUUAGAGAGUGAAUUUUGAAGGCCAUCAGAAGUCUGGCCUGCCACGAAGAGGUUGACCUCCAGUAAAGAGGCUAGCCAUAGUUUGUUUUCUUUGGUGUCGUCCGCAUUGGCUGAACAGACCGUCGUUCAGGCCGCUAUACUCAUUGUCCGUCCUGAAUAAGGCGUCCUACAGUGAGUGUAGUGGUUGAAGGGCUACCACAUAUACUGUCCGUCCUGAAUAAGUCGUCCUACAGUAUAUGGGGUAAUCCGAGGGCGACUGGGCUCUACAUUUUAAGUUAGCACUACCAGUUGCUUGCAUCUGAUUGAUAUAGUGAUUCUCUGUUUGAUUAUAAUUAACCUGGAUAAGGUUAGGACAUAUUUGUAUAGUUUGGCAGUCCACUAAAAUCAUACCAAUUAGUUUAAAUUAGUUAUUGUUGAAUACCACAAAUCCUGGAAUUGACCAGGUACGAUCCCAGAAUUUAAUGUAAAUACGUUACAAUAGAUUUACUAAACUUCUUUAUGCUAGCUUGUCUAUAAUCCACACAAUUGUGUCUGACUUUUAUUGCACACAACCUUGCAUUCAGUUCCUCUCCCUUAUUUUCCCGCCCAGGCAUCAGGAAGGGAAGUAUCAUUUGCACAAUUAAAUACUGAAUCGAACUUUCCGUUGAAAAUUGCAAGCGACGCAGCUGGUAAAGAAGAAAACCAAGGUGAUGGCGUGAUAAACAAUGUACCAUGUGAAUUGCUUGUUUAUAUGAAGAUAUAUUUUGCUAUAUAUAUUUAAUAAAAACGCUGAGAGCAUGUGGAUAAAACUAUCUUUUUAUAAUUUCAGAACGAACUCCUCAAUGGAUAACUGCCCGACAAAUCUUGUACUCAUAGUUUUCAUUGUCCACAGUUGCCUUAUCUUGAAGACUAGACAACAACUGCAAACGUCCAUAAAUCUACAAAGUGCAAUAGAUUUUGAAGAGAUGCUGAUGAGGAAGAAUUGUUCAAUUGACGUAGCGACCAUAGCAGAUUCACAGUGUACCCAGUGUUGUACGCUGACAUCCCAGAAAUCAAAUGUUCACUCCAAUGACAGUUCAUGGCAUGUAUACCUAAGUCUAAAUAUCACAUACAAGAAUUCUCAUCUCAUCAAAAACUCUCGAUUGUUUUUCUGCGGUGGCGAUGCAAGAGGUACAUCAUAUUCUGUCGUGUGUAUAAUUAGAGACAGGAAACGGAAGUGCAAGGAAUGUGCACGUGAUAUGGAUGAUUUUAAACAAUAUCGAGCGAACAAGUCUGGUAAUUGCGACGAAAAGAGCGCCAGAAAGCAUGGACCGCCCAUAAUUGUAGGGAUCAUUUGCCUUGUCUCUGGAGUAAUCGUGGGUGUUUGUUUAAAGUCAAUACUUAGUUGGAGAACAUGCCAAAGUCAGUCUACAGAAAGUACUAGUCCAGAAGCUGUGCAGAAUGCAGUCAAUGGUGACACAUCACAGGAUGAUUUGAAUGCUGACCAAAUACUAGAAGUGCUGUCGAGAUCUCAAGCUUCAUCAUCUUGUCAAAACAGUAAUCUGUGCAACAAUUUUUCAAAAGCCGCAAACAAAUCCGAGUUUGUUGAUGAGAUAGAUAUACAUGUAGAUCAUUAUGAACAAAUUGGAAUGAUUCAGACAGGGACAGAUAGUCAUCCGCUAGAUGUUAACCAUGGGCACACGUUAUAUGUUAACCAUGGACAUGCGUUAGUUGUCAACCAUGGACAUGCGUUAGAUGUUAAUCAUGGGCAUGCGUUAGAUGUUAACCAUGGGCAUGUGGUAGACGAUACAAACAAUUUCGACUAUCUCAGUCUGGGAGACAGACUUGGCGAAAAUUACUGUAAACUCUCAAAAAGAGUAUGAGAGAUAGAGAGAAUUCUUAUUGACUGUUUGAGAGAUAGAGAGAAUUCUUAUUGACUGUUUGAGAGAUAGAGAGAAUUCUUAUUGACUGUUUGUAUGAGAGAUAGAGAGAAUUUUUAUUGACUGUUUGAGAGAUAGAGAGAAUUCUUAUUGACUGUUUGUAUGAGAGAUAGAGAGAAUUCUUAUUGACUGUUUGAGAGAUAGAGAGAAUUCUUAUUGACUGUUUGAGAGAUAGAGAGAAUUCUUAUUGACUGUUUGUAUGAGAGAUAGAGAGAAUUUUUAUUGACUGUUUGAGAGAUAGAGAGAAUUCUUAUUGACUGUUUGUAUGAGAGAUAGAGAGAAUUCUUAUUGACUGUUUGAGAGAUAGAGAGAAUUCUUAUUGACUGUUUGUAUGAGAGAUAGAGAGAAUUCUUAUUGACUGUUUGAGAGAUAGAGAGAAUUCUUAUUGACUGUUUGAGAGAUAGAGAGAAUUCUUAUUGACUGUUUCAAAUGACAAACACUCAAGAAGACAAUACAUGGAUUACAUGAUAUUGACUUUCUCAUCAUAUUUUAUUUUCAUUUCAUUUCCAUUGGGAUUUAAGUUGUUUUUUACAUACAUUUUGCUGAGAUUUUUUAUCAUUAUCAUUCUUAUUAUUAUCUUUAUACUUUCUAUACAUGCAUCUACACUUAUGAAAAAUUAUAAAUUCACAAAACCAAUGGACGUUCAUAAUGAAUUUCUAUGCUCAUCAAACUAUAUUGAUGAAAUUAUAAACAAAGCCUACAUGUAAAAGAAAAUAGGACUUCUCAAAAAGCUGAAUUUUUCUGUAACAUGAAAAACACUUUCUAAAGUAUAUAGACACAUGCCGCCUUUAUAAGAUAACAGCUAGUACAAUAUGAAGUUCAACUCUGGUCUGGCUGUACCGUGCAAGAUGCUGAAAAAAUUCAGCAGGUGAAAUCAACAGCAUUAAGAAUUAUUACAGGUUUUUCAAUAAUAGUUCCAAGAAAUGUUUUGUACUAAAAACAGGGUAUGAACCACUUGAUAAAAGGCAUGACGGGACUAAUCCGUUGACCAUGAAUAAUAUUUACAACAAAUUAUUUCCAGUUUAUGUGAAAAAAUAUAGUCCCAUCUAUCCCAAAUAUCGCUUCUAAUCAUGAAGCAACUCUUCAGAUUACAAUCCACCGUUUAGGAAAUUGGAAAUAUUUGAUAAAUCGUUCAUAUUACAAGCUGUUCGCAGAUGGAACUCGAUAUAUAGUAUGGAAGGCGAAGAUAACGAACAGUCACCAAUCUCAUGAAAGGUGACGACAACGAACAACGACAACGAAACAACAUUUCUCGUUUCGUGUAUAUUGCAGGAUAACCUCCGAGGUCGAGAAAUGUUGUUUUAAAAUAUAAAAGCCGAGGCGUUAGUCCAGCAAUAUACACGAAAACAAGAACUUUAUUCCUAUUCUGCAACGGCACAAAAAUACCCGAGUCGGUAGUUUACCUAUACAUCUACGAAUUAGGUCACCAUGAGGUCAUGGCAUUUUCCGAAACGGACUGUUUGAUGAUGGAAAAAGUGAGAUGGUAGGGUAUACUACAGUGUAGAUCUAUUUUGAAAAAUAUAUUAAGCAUUUAGUUUGAUGUUGACUAAAUAUUUCAACUGCUGUGAUUGCACAGUCCAAAAAAACCGUGUGUGCAUCGACAUAAAAAUGUAUUUGUUUACAUUUGGAUCGAUCUUAGAAUGCAGACUAUUGAUUUAUACUGAAUAGCAAAGAUCUUCAGUCAUUCAAAGAUUUGUUUUAUAAGAUAUACAUUUAUUGAUAUAUGAUUAUAUAAUUGAAUUAUCAGUUAAAAACAAUAAGUGCAGGCGAGAUUUGUAUCAAUUUUCUCAUAAUCAGUUAUUACGUAUGAAGGUAUAUCGCAGAAUAAUGACUGCAGCAUUCCUUUGAUCUUUACAAUAACCGUGGUACAAUAUAUAAUAAAGAGUUGGACAAACACGGACCCUUGGACAUACCUAUUAUGGGAAACAAUAUCAGUUAGCAGUUUCAAAACACUCAACAUCUAUUGUGUUUUACAAAGUAUUUUUGAUUUAAAUACAAUGUCUUUUACACAGAGAUUAUCGUUGAUUACAUUAAUGUAUAAGAAAGGAGACGAUCAAAACCUAUGAAAUUAUAGACCCAUUAGCCUUACCAACACAGACUAUAAAAUAAUAGCUUUCGUAUUUGCCAAGCGUUUACAAAAACUGCUAGAUGAUUUGAUAUCAAUAAAUCAAACAGCUUAUAUAAAAGGAAGAAAUAUCGCACUAAAUGCAAGAUUAAUUUUAGACAUUUUUGAUUAUUGCAAAGAAAAUAAUCAAUAACUUAUACUUUCAUUUUUAGACUUUCAGAAAGCUUUUGAUUCGAUUGAGUGGAAUUUUAUGUUUGAAGUACUGAAAAGAUUUAACUUUGGUGAAAAUUUGAUUAAAUGGAUUCAAAUCUUACCGUAUAAGUUUUACAUGCAAAUGUAAUCUUCAGAAUAAAAAAAAAUAUGGAUGGAUAUCCAAAACUUGCAUGAUGCAUAGGGGCAUAAGGCAGGGAUGUCCAGUAUCGGCAAUCUUGUUUCUCUUUGUGGCUGAAAUAUUAGGAAUUUCAUUAAGAAACAACCCCAGCAUACAUGGGUUUCAAAAAGAAGGAAUGGAAAAAGACAUUAAGAUAAUACAGCAUGCAGAUGAUUCUACCCUUCCAAUGGAAAAUGAAAAGUCUUUAAAGAAGGUCUUCGAGGUGAUAAAUAAUUUUAGUUAUAUUUCGGGUAUGAGAUUAAAUAUGUCAAAAACCGAAUGCAUAGUAACUGGACCUUUAAAAACCGAUUUAAGAAAAUUCAUAAUGUUUAUGUAAAUGUUUCAUGUGUAAAAGCAUUAAGUGUAUAUAUUGGCCAUGAUAAAGAUAAUUAAUAGUCUCGCAAUAUCUAAAGUUAUAUAUAUAGCUUCAUUCAAAGACUUAGAUUUAUUUACAAUUUCAUUUGGAAUAAAAGAGAUAGAAUAAAAAGAAAUACAUUAAUCGGAACUGUCAUUAGUGGAGGCAUUGGAGUUGUUGAUAUUUUAUCAAAAAUUAAAUUAAGAAAAUAUUAAAUAAAAGAAAUAGAUUAUACCAUUUUGUGAUUAUUAUACUUUUAUGUAAAAUACUUGAAUCUGAUUGGUCGAGAAGCAUUUGAAAAAAUAUAUAUUGUUAACCUCUGAGAACAGAAAGCAUGCGCUCCAGGAUGAUAGUAUCUAGCAACGGGUUACAGUACUUGACAACGAGUGAUAUUAUACAUUUAUUGCAUGAUAGUGAGAGAGAUAUGAAGAUUUAUUCACCCAAGAAAAAUCACAUUCCCCGAGGGCAAUAUAUUCAUAUAAUAGCAUAUGUUUGGAAAAUAAUUAUGAUUUUGACUAUUUAAGCAAUACUAAUAUAACUAAUAUCAAAUACAAUGUAGUAUGAAAUAAUGGAUGGUUUUCCUUUGUUUUACAAGAAAAUGUUCGCAUAUGUAUAUUUUUGAUACCCACAUUGCUGAUUAACUGAAAAAUUGUUGAGUGUGGCGGAAAAACAUCAAUCAAUCGAUCAAUUACAAGUUGUUGAACAAUUUAACCAGCAACCGAGUUAUGUUAAAGAAAUGGAAAGAUACUGAUAAAGAUUUAUGUUCACUAUGUAAGGAAAAAGAGGAUAAUGAGCAUCUGGUACUGAAAUGUAAAAAUAUUUGUGAAAUUUGGAAAAUUGUUGAGAAAACAUUGAAUUUUCAAGUUUCAUGGAAAAACAUUGUUCUUGUUUGUUUGGGGGGAAAUCAAUGAGAAAACAAUCUUUUUAAAUAAUCUUUUAUCACCAAUUGCAUGUAAAAUUUACAAAUAUAAAAUGUAUUAUAGAAUACAAAACAUAUGACAUUCAAAAUCAUGUAAAUCCUUGAAUUCAAUGUACAUGUAUUUGUAUACAAAAGAUUUAACAAGGUAUCGUUUUCACAUAUUCUUGAUAGCAUUGUAAAUUUUUUUAACCUUAUAUAUUUAUAUUACAAAUUAUAUUGCAUACUUGUUUUUAUCAUGUACAAAUAAAGUAAAGGGAAAUGAUUUGCCUUCCCAUUUACAUGACUACCCAGGGUCAAAAUGAACUUUUUGGAGUGUGAGAAGGGCCCUUUGGGUAAUUGUCACGGAAUUCUUUCAUAUCCUCUAGAAAUAAUGUAUUUAUAUUUGUAUAACUUUGUUCGCAUAUGAUUAUAUAAUCUUGUAUUUUUCUUAUUUUUUUCUUCUACAUCCUGCGAGAUGUAAUAGGGAAUGCAUGUACAUGAUAUUGUUAUUUAGUGGAGCUUAGUCAGGGCCCCAUCCCUGGCAGCUUUCUACACUUUUUUUUUUAUCGUUUGGUCUAUUUGUGAUGUUAUACAUGUAGUGAUAGGUCUGGGAAAUAAAAAUGUCAUUUAAAUAAAACCCACUCAUACUUCCAAGUAUAAAGAAAGCACUCCGUUACUUUGCUGUAGUAAAAUAAUAUAAGUAUAUAUAAAAAUAUAAUUAGUACAAAAUUAAGGCAUAGCUGUAGUUUGAGUUUUGGCUUAUAUAGAUAUGAUAUAUUAGUCCUAGUAUAAACUGUGAAUGUGGUUUUUAAGUUUGACGCCUAUCAUUUCUUUUUUGUUUACAGUAAAUGCGAAUCAUUAAAUUUUACAUGUUACACGCUUUUUCAUUGGUUGAAAAAUUAUUGGAAUAUUGUAUCCAACGAA